AUGAACAAUAUUAAAAGUAGAUAAUACAAAAUGAGCUUCAAUGAGAAGAUCACUUUGAGCCCAUUUUAAAAGUACUAUAAAUUUAACAGGUUUCCAUGGAAGUUUUUAAUUCAUAUUCUUUUAGUGAUAUUCACUACCUAUUAGGCUUUGUCUAUGGUUUCUCUUAGAACAUCUCAUUCUCGUGCCUAGCAUUAAGUCUUUAAAUAUAUUUUAUUUGGUUCAGAUGAUGAGUCAAAUUCUGUGCCUUUUUACAAAUUAGAGCAGUUUACUGAAAACGUGAGAAAUGUAUGCACAACUUUAUCUAAUUUGAAUGAUAAACUUCUUUAGUAUGCUGACAUUACAAGCAGCAAGAAUUCUCUAUAGAUUUACUAUUCUGAAUUCAAUUUAGAAAAUGCUUAGCAAGCAGAUGUAGAAAUUCCUGAUAUUGAAAAAUGCAUUAAAUAGCCUUUUGAUAUCGAUGACGAAGUUUCUGUUAAAAAUUUUUUAAACUAAAUCACUAAGAUGAACUUUAUUUCUGAAGGCAUAAAAACUUUUACCAGAUAUAGCGACUCUCCAGAUUAGUAGUCCUGCUUAGAGUGGACAAUUACUAUUGAAUACGAUUUCGAAUCCUAUGCUAAUAUAGAAGCAACAAUAGAUACACAAAGCAUCUUGUGUGAAGGCCAAAAUACUGAGUCAACAUUUGGAUAUAACUAUGUCUUUAUUCAUAGUAUUGUUGCUAUCCUUGCUAUAAUUUCGUUAGCUCUCUCUACCAAGUAUAUUUAUGAAGUUGGUAAAAAGUACAUCAAGCAUAAAAUCAUUUACGAAAAUGUCUAAAAGUAAUUCAAUUUUCACAGAGAAGAAGAAAGUAAAUUAAAAGUUCGCGACUCUUUUGACAUACAAAAACUAGAAUAAGAGGAAAAAAAAGACAGCGACGAUUUGGAUAUUGAAGAAUUGCUAAAGGAUAAUAAGUAAUGGGAUGAUAUUGGUUUCUUUAAUAAACUUAAAUUUUUCAACCUCUGGAUAGUAGUAUCAAUAGUAGGGAAUAUAGUUCAAAUAAUUGGAUGUUUUAUAGCCAUUUUAGAUACAUACAUGGAAUAGAAUCUAAAUGUAUUCAUUUAUAAAGAAUCUAUCAUUGGUUUUGGAUCUAUGUUUGCAUGGAUUAUUAUGCUGAACUAUCUCUAAUAUAACAAGAAUGUUAACUUAAUGACCUCCACUUUACAGAAAGCUUCUUCUAAUAUAUUUAUGUUCUUGUUGGGUGUUCUUCCUUUCUUCUUUGGCUUUGUUUUUUUGGGCUAGUGCAUAUUCUGGAAAUAUACAAAGUUUGAAGACACAACAACCACAAUCAUCACUCUCUUUUCUUUGAGUAACGGAGAUAUUGUGAAUGAAACAUUUAUGGAUACUUGGGCUGAAGGUAUUUUAGGAUAAAUUUACUUAAUAGUGUUCAUGAUUCUUUUCUUUACUGCAGUACAAAACGUAUUCAUCACUAUUAUUAUGGAAGGCUAUGAUGAUUCUAAAAGAGACAAAUCAAAUGAAGUUAAAGAAAGCGAAGAAGAAGCAUAAAAAUUGGAUUAAGAUGUUGAGCCGGAAGAAGACAAUAUCAUAUAAAAUGUUGGUUAAUCUAAAAGUGAUAAGGAUAUGGUUUUAAAUAAGCUACGUAUAAACACAAAAAGAAUCAAAAAAAUUCUUGACGAAAUGGAAUCUGCUUACAAAAAAAUAGGUGAAGCAAAAUUAAAAAGAGAGGAUAAAGAUUAUCUUAUCAGAGUUUACCAUGAUAAUUUAGAUAACUUGAAUAGAAAUCUUAAAUUUUAAUUAACAACUAUGGGCAGAUGA